UGCUUGGAGAGCUACGCAAAGCAAUUUUUUUCGUAAAACAUUCGAUAUUUACUGUGUUUUCAUAAAAUUCUGGUGCAUUUAUGUUUAAUAAUUCAUAAAAUGAGUUUUGAGAGUAAUUAAAUAUAUUUUAUCAUGUGUUUCUCUAAUAUUAAAGCAAUAUAUGCAAUUGUUAAUCUUGGCGGUAACAGCACCAAGUAUUCCAACAAAAAUAACAGGCUUAUAGGAGACUUAUUAGUUAACAUUCAUUCAUAUUAAUUUAAUAUUUUUAAACUUAUUUCACUUUAAAGAAGUAGAUUGGUGAUUUAGAAAUUUACGACAAGAUUCAAUAAAAAUAUCACCGCUAUGAACGAUGUUCGGGAUAAAGUUGUUGCUGGUUCCUCUUCAUGGGAAAAUACUACAGGACAAAGUGAUUCGUCACCGGAGCUACAAUCUUCACCUAGUGGAAGUGGGGAUACACCACAAACGCCUGGGGUACCAGCACCUCUUGCACCGCAUCUUGCAGCAGAUCUACAUCCUGAUCUUAUUCAACAAGGUUGGCGAAAAUAUUGGUCUAAGAGAGAGAAUCGUCCAUAUUUUUGGAAUAAAAUAUCAGGAGAAUCUAUGUGGGAAUUACCAGCAGUUAAAAGAGACUUUGAUCCAAUAACAGACCCUUUAGGGAUUUGUCACACAGGUCCUCCUAAUGCUGGUAACAUGACACCAAGUGCAAAUAAAAGACGACCUUCAGAAGAUAAUGGUCCUCCACCCAAAAAGUUUGUCCUGGCUGGUCCUUGGGACAUUGAAGUGCCAACAAAUGUUGUGAUAUAUGAACGUCCGCCUACUAUUUGCCCGCAUCCUCAUCCAGAAAUCGAGGGUUUCAGGUUUACAUUAGCAAAUAAAUUGCGACAAUGUUAUCAAGAACUCUGUCACACUAGGGAAAGUAUAGAUGCUCCUAAAGAUUCAUUUAACAGAUGGUUGAUGGAAAGGAAGGUGAAUGACCAGGGUGGGUCAGAUCCAUUACUGCCCAGUCACUGCUUUCCAGAGAUCUCUAGGUCAAUGUAUGAGGAAAUUAUGAAUGAUAUACCUAUUAAGUUAACUCAUCCAAAGUUUACGGGGGAUGCAAGAAAACAGCUGUCUCGAUAUGCAGAGGCAGCUAAAAAGAUGAUAGAAUCCAGAAAUGCUUCUCCUGAAAGCCGCAAAGUUGUCAAAUGGAAUGCGGAGGAUACAUUUCAAUGGCUUCGGAGAACUGUUGGUGCAACUUAUGAUGACUUUCAAGAUCGAUUAGCACAUUUGAGAAGACAAUGUCAACCACACUUAGCAGAAACAGCUAAGGCUUCUGUAGAAGGAAUAUGUUUAAAAAUAUACCAUUUAUCAGCUGAAUAUGCAAGAAAAAUAAGAGAAAAACAUAGCAUUCUCUUAAAAGAAAAUGGUAUUCAGGAGAUGCCGGCACCGCUACAGCAAGCGGCGCUCCGCAAGGUGUGGUGCUACCCGGUGCAGUUCGCGCUGCCGGCACCAAGACCGCCGCUCGUCGAACACUUCCUCGAUCGCGAUCAAGUUCUACUGCGAUAUCUGGGCGAAACACAAGUCUUGAACGCUGCGUAUUUACAAAAAUUGGAGCACCUGUACCGCUACAGCUGCUUCGACGACAAGAAGUUCGAGCAGUUCCUGUCGCGCGUGUGGUGCCUGCUGCGGCGGUACGCGGCGUGGGUCGGCGCGGGCGGGGACGCGCAGCUCACGCAGAUGGCGGCGCCCGUGCCCGUGCUCGAGUGCCUGCAGCGCUGCUUCGGCGUCACCUUCGAGUGCUUCGCGAGCCCGCUGGAUUGCUACUUCAGGCAGUACUGUUCCGCGUUCGCUGAUACGGACUCGUACUUUGGGUCUAGGGGGCCGUUCCUGGAGCUGCGGCCGGUGUCGGGCUCGCUGGUGGCGCACCCGCCGUACUGCGAGGAGCUGCUGGAGGCGGCGCUGCGCCACAUGGAGCGGCUGCUGCAGGAGUCGGCCGAGCCGCUCAGCUUCGUGGUGCUGCUGCCCGAGUGGCCCGACCGCAGCACGCACGCGCUGCACAAGCUGCAGGCCAGCCACUUCAAACGGAAACAGGUCGUCAUUCCUGCAUUUGAACACGAAUAUCGACAUGGCUUUCAACAUGUGCUUCCAAAGAACGAGGUGUACUUCAGAUGGGGCGGGGGCACGGUGGUGGUGUGGCUGCAGAACGCGGCGGGGUUCGCGCGCUGGGGGCCCACGGAGGAGCGCGUGGAGGCGCUGCUGGACGCGUGGCGGCCGCGCGCCAAGCUGCGCGAGCCCGACCCCGCGCCCGCCGCCGAGCCCGAGCCCCCGCACACCCCGCACACCCCGCAGACACCCACCGGCGAGAAACGAACGUAAUAUUGCCAAUCGCCGUAGUGACAUAGUAAAAAGAGAAGACGUAGGCCAACUCCAGGCGUUUAGGAACGCACUGUAUUUACACUCGCGAGGCGCAGGACUAUCAUUUGUCACAUAGAUAAGUAUGUAGUUGUAUUAACAAACACCAACAGCAAUGGCGCGACCCUCACGAGACCGGUACCAGAGUGGGAAUCGAGCGGCGUUGUGUGUGGGUGUUGUACAUGAAUACACAACACCUCCGCGUACAUAUAUAUACUUCUCUCUUUUUACUAUGGUAGUGAUAUCCGCCCAAAUUUUUACCGUGCGUGCGUGGUUUGCUGAUGAUAUAGUGGUUUCAGGUAAAUGUACGCAAAUUUAUCUAAAAUCACUGUUUGAUAUUAUAGUUGUAGCGCUACAAGGGGUCUGUGAAGGUACCCGUGUCAUGGUACCCAUCAUAUACAUGUCACGAAUAUUAUGAGUGUACAGAUCGCUCGGCGAAACCGGAAGGGGUAAAUCGGCGCUGUCUUAGGUACAUAAAUUUUGUACCUAAGAUCAUCCAUUCUCUGAGAUGAUCUAUGAUAUCUUCAUUAGGCCGGUUGCAGAGCUUCGCCGACUGGCAGUGCGUACCAUCAGUCCUGACGAUACGCAUCAAGAAUGUGUAUGAAUAACAAUAAUAUGACUAACUAAUACGUAUGACAAUACGCGUGCGUAUCAUCGGUCUAGCUAUGAACGGUUUUAUGCAUUUCCAUACAUAUUAUGACAAGCGCGACUGACGUACGCACUGAUGAUCGGUGAAGCUCUGCAACCGGCGUUAGUUUCAAAUUUUACAAUACUUAAGAUUUGUGGGAUCGAGGUGAUCUUUAAUUGAGAUACGCCACUUCAGGGCCUCUGCAUUUAACUAUUGAUUGUAGACUAUCAAAAAAUAAAUAAAUAAUAAUAAUUGGAAUCUAUUGCAAAAUUGAACGGAAAAUCUCACAGGGAACCAUUCG